AUGUACCAGCCCAUGAAAAGAAAUUUUUUCACAACUGGCAUUGACCUUGAGAUCGCACAGAGCUCGACUGUCCAUAUUGCAGAGGUUGACCAGGAUCUUGUCAACGAGUACAACAUUGCAAAAUUCGAUUUUCCAUAUCUCAUGGAUCGAGCACAGCAUCUCAAGGCAAAUAAGUUCCCUUUUCUUGGUCGCAUGAAUGGUUCCAAAACUGAGACGAAGGAGACGCAUUUCUCUUCGAAGGCAUACGAGCAGCGUGAUUCCAAAGAUACAGAGCUAGAAGAUCGGCUACAACUCGACGUCCUGCAAUUUAUGCAACGUGAACACAAGUUACGUAGUUAUACCUUCAACACUGUCUGUGCACAGUUCCUUGGUGAGCCACAGGAGAAUAUGAACCACUCCGUUAUCACAGAAUUGCAACAUGGUACCCCAGAGUCCAGACGUCGGCUGGCCGUCUGCUGUUUAAAGUCCAUUAAGGUGCUUUCCCAGCUAUUUCACGAGGCUAAUCAAGAGAGAUAUAUCAUCCCUGCUUUGAAGGGCGAGGGUUCUGAUGAGCAAUACGAAGGUGCCACUGUCAUCGAGCCGAGGAAAGGCUACCACGACACACCAAUUGCAACUCUUGAUAUGAGCUAUUUGUAUCCGUCCAUCACGAUGGUACAUAAUUUGUGUUAUACGACGCUCAUCGAAAUGAAUACCAUUGAUCGCAUGCAGCUUGUCAAGGACGUUGAAUAUAUCCAAACCCCCAAUAACGAAUUUUUCGCUACUACGGCAAAACGAAAUGGUCUACGACCUACUUUCUUGGAAGAUUUGAUCUCUGCUGGUACGCGUGCGAAGGCAGAUCUCAAGAAGGUGACCGAUCCAUCCAAGCGUGCAGUCUUGGACGGUCGUCAGCUUGCUCUGAAGACCAGUGCCAACUCUCCUUAUGAGUUCACUGGUGCGACGAUUGGAACAUUACCCUGCCUUCCUAUCUCCUGCAGUGUGGCAGCAUAUUGGCUAAUUUAUGGUGAUACUGACUCUGUCAUGCAAUCUACAGGAGCGGAGGCGGCAGAUUUUGCGACGGCGAAAUCUGUCAGACCUAUUGAGCUCGAAUUCGAGAAAUUUUAUUACCCGUAUCUUCUCAUCAGCAAGAAGCGAGACAACUGUCAGCAAGUAUCUACGGUAAUCGAGACGUCAGAGGAGCUGAGGAGUAAGUACACAAAGCGCAUCAUAUCAGAUGGUCUGCAAAAUAAGGUCGAUAUGUCCCAACUGGUGAUUGCAAAGGCUCCGGCCAUAGCUGAUUAUGCUGCGAAGCAAGCGCAUGUGGAGUUGGCAGAGCGCAUGCGGCAACGUGACGCAGGUUCCGCACCGGCCUUGCGUGGCCGUGUCACCUACGUUAUUGUCAAGGGCAUUGAAGGUGCUGCUGCAUACGAAAAAUCCGAGGAUGCCCUUUAUGUUUUGGAGAAUAGCAUUCCCAUCGAUACUAAAUAUUAUCUCGAAACGCAGUUCUCAGAUCCUCUUGUGAGAAUUUUUGAACCAAUCCUGGUAUCUGGCGCGCACACCAGGUCAAUCCAGAUCGCAACUCCAACAGUUGGCGGUCUGAUGAAGUUCACAGCGAAGACGGUAACAUGCCUUGGGUGCAAACCUCCGUUACUCGCGUCGCAGCUGCAAGUGCGGUUCUCGCGACAGUGGACGCAAUGCCAACAUUUUCAGCGCUCUUUGUAUCAAGAUGUGCAAUAUUCGAGCAAGGACUGCCCGAUAUUCUACAUGCGGAAGAAGGCACAAAAGGAUGUGGAAGAUGCGAAUUCUGUCCUCGAGCGGUUUGAUGCAGAUCUGUGGUAA